AUGGAGAGUACAGAUCCAGGAGGGGGGUCUAGAGGGGGCCUAGACCCUUUGGUUGAACAACAUGAAGUAAUGGAUGUGGAGAAUGAAAACAAAAAUCAUCUGAAAUCUGGGCAACGAUGUGGAGAGGGUUUUUCUUCAAUUUCUUUCAAGCAAAAACUCAUGUUCUUUGCAGACCAAGGGAUUCUCAAUGAGGAAAUUUUCUUGAAUGAUGUCACAUACAUUAUGGCAGAGUGUGAGAUUGAUUCAAUUGUAGGGAGUGAUGAUUCAAAUCCUAACAUUCCUUCUAUUAGUAUCGAUUUGGAUACUAGGAAGAAAAUAUGUCAAAAAUGGAAGUGGUGUAUUAUUGGGAAAGUUCAAGGGAAGAAUUUGGGGUUCAAAUUUAUGCAGGAGAAGAGUCAUAAGUCGCCGACCGUAUUCAAAUUUGGAAAUUUGGAGGAUUACAAGAAAGUGGUGUUUGGAAGUCCUUGGUUCAUUUUAGGACAUUUUCUCAAUCUCCAAAGAUGGAGUCCAAAUUUUAGGCCUUCAACUACUAAGAUGGAGAAGACUGUUGUAUGGGCAAGGCUACCGGAGCUCCCGCUUGAAUACUUUGAUAGAGAUAUCUUGUUUCAUAUUGGAAACAAGAUUGGACAGACAACAACUGAACAAGUUGCUAGAGGAAGGUAUGAUCGAAUUUGUGUCGAAAUUGAUACUUCAAAAGCGUUAGUGCCGUGCAUACGGAUUGGUGGGUGUCUACAGAAAGUAGAAUAUGAAGGUCUUAAUCAAAUGGGUGUCAAACAUGGGAAAAUCACCCACAAGCAAAGAAGUUGCGAUCUUGAACAGAAUGGAAAGAAUAUUGUGGAAGUUGAUCUUUCAAGAACAGCAGGUGUUAGGGGAAAUGUCAACGAGGAAAAUGAGGGAUUUGGGCCAUGGUUGCUGGUUGAGGAUAGGAAGAAAAAGAAGGCUAACCAGAAUGAUGGAAAUAAUGGCUCUGGGGAUGGUCAGGGCAAGCGUGGUGAGGAUAAUCAAAUGACCAGUAAGGAAUGGACAUUGGUGUCUAGAAGGACUCAGAAAAAUGGACAAAGCAGUAGUCGACAGGGUGGUUCAAUGACUAAAGGGUCAUUUGCUGAGACUUCAAACAGUUUCGCGUCCCUUCAUAAUGCUGAUGAUGAUGACAUUAAUGAGAAAAUUGUUAACUGUAGGAAGGAGAAUGGAGAGAUUGGCGCUCAAGAGGUAAUUAUGAGAGGAAUGAAAAGCUCCACUAAGCAUAUUCAUGCUAGCAAUAAUGAUCAGUUACAAAAAAAUAAUCGAAAAGAUAGUAAAUCUAUUCAUGUUAUGGGAUCCGUUUCUCAUGCAACGGGAGUUACAGGAAAAGGAAUCAUCCAAAAUAAUGAGGGAAGUAAUGAUAGGAAUGAAACAUUGGUUUUCAAGACUAAAGCAAAUAUAAAUAGAGACACUAACAGAAAGUCUGGCAAGAAACUUGCUACAACUGAAGCAAGUAAUGGAGCAUCAAACCGAACUCCUCAACAUCUUUUUCACAAGAGUCGCAGAGGGCUUGCUAGACCCUCCUUUAUUAGAGUUAUGAAGAAGCUUAUCAAGAGACACAAUCCCACCAUUGUUGUAUUGCUUGAAACUAGGGUACUUGAAAAGCAUGUUUCUGAAAUAGUAAGCAAGUUAGGUUUCACGGAUUCUAUUAUUGUUGAUCCCCAUGGUUUCUCUCGGGGGUUUAUUCCGAACAAAACUACCAGAAAAAGGAUGUGGAGUGAGCUCAGUGCCAUUGCCGACAUUCCCGAUGCUGACUGGAUGGUGGUGGGAGACCUCAAUACUUUUUGUGGAAGUCAUGAGAAUCAAGGAGGUAGAAUUACUACUACAACCGAGAUCCAAGAUGUACUGAGUUUCUGUGGUCUCAUUGAUCUAGGAUCCAAUGGUCCUAAAUUCACUUGGAACAACAAGAGGGCUGGAGCAGCAAAUAUCAAAGAAAGGUUAGAUAGAGCUCUUGUCAACUCAAAUUGGCAGACUCGCUUCAACAAAGCUCAAGUAUUUCAUUUACCUUAUUAUAAUUCUGACCACAGGGUCAUUCUUGUUGAUCUUGACCCUAAGUUUAGAUUUAAGCAAAGACCUUUCAGAUUUGAGGCCAUUUGGGCUGAGGAUUCUAGGUAUGAAGAUGUGGUUAAGAAUACUUGGACUUAUAAUGUUACUAGUUUUAGUAGUACUCAGUUCUUAGACAAUAUCUCUAGGAUUCAGAGCGAGACUAAAAAAUGGAAUAAAAAUGUUUUUGGUAACAUCCAUCUUCAGAUUGAUAAAGCUCAUAAUAGUCUUGUUAAAGCCCAAAAUGAUUUUGAUAGCUGGCCAUCUGAAAGAGCUAAACAGACUAUGACAGAGUGCCUUAUUGAGUAUCUUAGGUUGGUUAAACUUGAGGAAACUUUCUGGAGGCAAAAAUCUAGAAUAUCCUGGCUUAGAGAAGGAGAUAUGAACACGAGGUUCUUCCAUACCUCUACAAUGACUAGGAGAAAAAGGAACUCCAUAGUCAUGCUCAAAGAUGACAGGGUAGAAUGUAUUAAUAGCGAUAAAAUGAUUGAAAAUCAUACUGUCAACCAUUUUAAUAGUUUGUUUAAUUCUUCUGCCUCUUAUAUUUGUGAUAGUGAGUUGUCUAAUCUCUUUCAUCCUAUCAUAUCUCUAGAUCUUUGCAAGGAUGUCAGUGUGAAUGAAACUGUUAGUGCAGUAAAGCAGCUAGGAGCUCUCAAAGAUCCUGGCCCGGAUGGUCUCCAAGGUAUUUUCUAUACCAAAUACUGGAAUCAUGUUGGUCCUAGUGUUAUUGAUCUUAUUAGGAGUUUCUUUCAUAGUGGAGUCAUAGAUGAUAGGCUCAAUAAAACUUUUAUUGCCUUAAUUCCUAAGACUAAUAACCCCACUACUAUUAAAGAGUAUAAACCUAUAAGUCUGUGCAACUUUAGCAUGAAAAUAAUCACUAAGAUCAUAACUAAGAGGCUUAGACCUUUACUGAAUAAGAUUUUUUCUUAUAACCAACAUGCCUUCAUUCCGGCUCGCUCCCUCUUUGAUUCUGCUAUUUUGUGUAAUGAGAUUAUUCAUUCUUUUAAAACUAAAAAAGGUAAAGAAGGUUGGAUGACUCUUAAGCUUGAUCUGGAUAAAGCUUAUGACAUGAUUAGUUGGGAUUUUAUUGGUAAACUUCUUAAGUGCAAUGGUUUUGACCAAAAGUUUAUCAAUUGGGUAAUGAAAUGUAUUUCUACAGUUUCAUUUCAGGUUCUCAUAAAUGAUGCUCCUAGUACUACUUUUAGACCUUCUAAUGGACUGAGACAAGGGGACCCCUUGUCCCCUUACCUGUUUAUCAUGUGCCUUGAGUCCCUUACAAGAAUGUUUAACGCUGGAAUUGCUAACAAGUCUUUGUCUGGUUUUACAGUGGCCAGAGGAGCUCCUAUGAAAAUUAACAAGAGUAAGUCCACACUUCUUACUUAUGCUAAUUUGGGUAGGAGCUUCACGAGAGGAAUGGCUAAUGCUUUAGGAGUUCAAGUUGCUGUUAACCCAGGGGGUGUCAAUAUUAGAGACCUUGAAGUUAAUAAUCUUGCUAUUCUUGCUAAAAUGGCCUGGAGAAUAUAUUCUAACCCGGAGUCUGUUCUCUUUAAUCUAUUGAAAACCAAAUACUUUAAGACUGGUGAUUUCUGGAAUGCUGAUCUUACUAAAGGAUCUUCCGUUAGCUGGAGAAGCAUUAUAAAGGGUAGGAAUGCUUUAGAUGAAACCAGUCUACCUAAAGAACCUGUCAGCAACUUUAUAAAUUUUAGUGAUCAUAGUUGGGAUAUUAAUAGACUUCAGAAUAACAUCCCUGAAAACAUUGUUAAGGAGGUGAUUGCUCUUCCUGUUUGCAAUCUGUCUAAUAAUGCUGGUACUCUGAUCUGGUCUGCUAGUAAAUAUGGUAAUGUAACUGUUAAAGAUGCUUAUAUUUUCUUGAACAAGAAAGUUAAUGAAGAUGUCAUCGCCAAUAAGGACUGGAGAAAUAAGAAGGUGUUUGAAAAUGUAAGAUUCAAUGCUAACUGGGUUCUGGAAACUGCUCUUAGGAUGGCAAAUGAGUACUUUCAGGCUAACUCAGCUUCUUCCACAAAUGAAAGGGCUAUGGAGGAAAUUCAGAUUGCUUGGCAGGUUCCGAAUACAGGAUUUUACAAGAUUAAUACUGAUGGGUCUACUAAUGAUUAUGGAAAUGCAGGAAUUGGUUGA